AUGUCUGCUCCUGCAAUGAUCCGACUUGCUCGACCACGAGCGUUGAGGUCUGUUCGAUAUCCCUUGGCCAGAGGUUACGCUACUGAGCUGAAGCCGAACUCAUCAUUCACCAAAGUCACCCAUCCAGACUCUUCGACUCCAGCAUCAACACAAGAAUUGAUCAAAGACCAUUCGCAGUAUCUGCUCAAUACAUACGUCCGACCACCAUUACUCUUCACCCAUGGAAAAGGACUCACACUAGUGGAUUCAUCGAAUCGUGAAUAUCUGGAUUUCACAGCUGGUAUUGCUGUAACGGCAUUAGGUCAUUCCGACGAUGGAGUCAAUCAAGUGAUUAAUGAACAAUCAUCUAAAAUCAGCCAUGCGUCCAAUAUAUACUGGAAUGAACAUGCUGGAGAACUCGCUAAAUCAUUAGUCGAGAAAACGAAAGAACACGGUGGAUUAGGAUUAAGUGUAGGUUUAGGAUCAAAGGGUGAAGAGAAAAAUGGCAAGGUAUUUUUCGCCAAUUCAGGAACUGAAGCGAAUGAAGGAGCAUUGAAAUUUGCCAGAGCAAUAGGAAAAACUGUAUCAGAAGAUAAAGUUGAAAUUGUUUGUUUCACAAAUGCUUUUCAUGGUAGAUCAAUGGGUGCAUUAAGUUGUACACCUAAUCCAAAAUAUCAAGCUCCUUUCGCACCAUUAAUUCCAGGUGUCAAAGUUGGAAAAUACAAUGAGACAGAUCAAAAUGUGAUCAAUGAAUUAGUUAAUGAAAAGACUUGUGGUAUAAUAGUUGAACCAAUUCAAGGUGAAGGUGGUGUAGGUGAAGGACAAGUUGAAUUCUUCCAAAAAUUAGCAAAGCGAGCAAGGGAAGUAGGGGCUGUUUUGAUUUAUGAUGAAAUUCAGUGUGGUCUUUUCAGAUCAGGAACGAUGUGGGCUCAUUCUGAAUUCCCCAUCGAGGCUCAACCUGAUAUCAUCACCAUGGCCAAACCUCUAUCGAAUGGAUUUCCAAUUGGAGCCAUAAUGGUGCGAUCAAGUAUUGCAGAAAUCAUUUCACCAGGAAUGCACGGUACCACGUUUGGUGGACAACCAUUAGCAACAGCAAUCGGUGUUCACGUCUUAGAUAGAUUAUCAAAUCCUUCAUUCCAACAAAACCUUAAAUCCGUUUCGACUCAUCUCGAUACAGGCAUUCGAAGGUUACCUAAAUUAUUCCCUGAAUUGAUCAACGAUGAAUUACGAGGCAGAGGUUUAAUUAGGGGAAUAGCAUUCAAAGAUCUAAAAGCACCUUCGGAGUUAGUCAAAUUGGCAAGAGAAAGAGGUUUAUUACUUUUAACCGCAGGCUCAGAUGCAGUAAGAUUAGUUCCUGCUUUGACUGUCUCAAAAGAUCAAUGUGAUCACGCUUUGGCAGUCAUAGAAAGCUGUUUGAGUAUUUUGGUCGAAAAUGGUUUUGGUGAAAAGGUAUAG